AUAAUCACAGUGUGUCUUUUUUUUUUUACAAUAGUUUGAUAACACCGGGCCAUUCAAAUGUACUUGACCUAAAAAACUUGACCCGGAAGUUCUUCGUGCUCGUGCCACGUCAGAGCUACAACUCUUUUUCUGCUGCUAACAUAUCGCAUAUACACCAGCCGCUACACAUCUAUUACGCUUCUAUCUCACGAUGUUGUUCCUGGGACUGAGCUGUCUGCUGCUGCAUGUGUUUGUGGCGUUUGGGACCGAGCUCACCUUCGAGCUCUCCGACAACGAAAAGCAAUGUUUUUACGAGGAUAUUCAGAAAGACGUGAAGUUUGAAAUGGACUUCCAAGUCAUAGCAGGAGGCAACUAUGACGUGGACUGCUUCGUUACCGACCCUCAAAACAACGUGUUGUACAAUGAGAAGAAGAAGCAGUAUGACAGCUUCUCUCACACCGCCACCAUGUCGGGAGUCUACAAGGUCUGCUUCGGCAACGAGUUCUCCACCUACACGCACAAAACCGUGUACCUGGAUUUCCGCCACGGAGACGAGAAACCUCUCAUUGAGACCAUGGGUGGAACCUCACCGCUGACUCAGAUGGAGUCGUCUUGCGUCUCCAUUCAUGAGGUGCUGAAGGUGGUGGCCGACUCACAGACGUGGUACAGGCUGAGAGAGGCCCACGACCGCACGAGUGCCGAGCACCUCCACCUGCGGGUGACCUACUGGUCCAUCGGAGAAACCGUUCUGCUGUUUGUCAUCGGCGUCGGUCAAGUCAUGAUGCUCAGGAGCUUCUUCAGCGAGAAGAAAGGCUCUGUUGCCGCCACCACCUAAGUUCUGUUUUCUUGAUGUGCCCUCAGAGAGAAAGGCGGAAGCUCGUCAAUGUGAACACAUAAGUGCGCUUGGGGAUUAGCACACGGCUCUCCGUAUUUUCAGCAGACCCAUUCGUUAAAAGGGAGAGUUUGGGGAGAACCUUUUUUUUAAUCUUCCCCACCAAGUUUCAUACAAAACUUGUGGGUUCCCUUUUCAUCCAUCCUGAUUUGUUCUUACGAAGCUGUUUUGAAAAGAAACAACUCUUGUACUUGACAUUGAGAUUGAUGCCUUGCAGACAUUAUUUAUUAUGUUUACACAAAGCAAGUUUAGUUGGAUAUGUCUGUGAGUAAUUAGGACAGCUUUGGGUUAUAUUGGUUACUUACGAAUUACAAAAGAUUUUUUGGCAAAUUGGUUGUUGCUGAAUGUAUGUUGUACUGUUUUUAUGUUUAAUUUAUGUAUGCAAAAAUAUAAAAUGUAAUAGCUAUGUCUCCCUUAUUGUGUCUCAUAAAGUGCCAUUUGUUUAAUUUCCUACCAAAUGAAAAGUUUACGUUUUUUUGUUAAUUGGUCUGUUACGUACAAACGGUUGCUGAUUGAAUGUACUUCAGUUUUCACCCUUACAAAUCCUUGUUUCAUAAAUAGAUAUGUUUAAUGGACACUACUAAGUGACCCACUUAUUGUGGCUUUUCUUUUUCAACAAAAAAAAAUGUUUGCUGUCCUUCUGGUUUAUCGGUCUCUGUAAAAUUAGUCGGCAGAUUUAAUAAAAUUGGGAAGAAAGAUG